AUGCAGCAAGUGCCCGCCAGAUACCCCCAGGCCCUGCUCCUCUGCCUGCUGGUCAUACUCACUGAAGGCUGGGGUCGCGAGGCAGCCACCCCCGGCUGUCACUUACACCCCUUCAAUGUGACAGUGCGAAGUGAUCGGCAAGGCACCUGCCGGGGCUCCCACGUGGCUCAGGCCUGUGUGGGCCACUGUGAGUCCAGCGCCUUCCCCUCCCGGUACUCUGUGCUGGUGGCCAGCGGCUACCGACACAACAUCACCUCUGUCUCUCAGUGCUGCACCAUCAGCAGUCUGAAAAAGGUGAAGGUGCAGCUGCAGUGCGUGGGCCACCGGACGGAGCAGCUGGAGAUCUUCACGGCCAGGGCCUGCCAGUGCGACAUGUGCCGCCUCGCCCGCUACUAG